AUGGCGGCGAGCGGACGUGUUCACCUACUCUUACUGCUGAUGUCAGUGCCAUUCUGUCUGUGUACCGUUCAAGGAUUGAAAGCACCUAGCGGCAAUGGAAACGGACUCAGUAAUCCGCCAGCAAACCCUCCGGUUCCCGUUAAUAUUAUUGGAGCGCCCGGUCCAGUCAACAACGUCCCAGUUGCUCCUGCUGUUGCGGCCAUGACGCAGCCUCGGAGGGCUACCGGGUGGAAGCUGGCGGAGGAGCUGUCCUGCCGGGACGACUUGACCCGGCUUUGUCCCAAACACACAUGGAGCAACAAUUUAGCUGUCCUGGAGUGUUUACAGGACAGAAAGGAGGAAACCGAGAUUGCUGUCGACUGCAACCAUUUGCUAUGGAACUACAAGCUGAACCUGACAAUGGAUCCCAAGUUUGAGUCUGUCGCCAUGGAGAUCUGCAAGAGUACUAUCACUGAGAUUAAGGAGUGUUCGGAGGAGGAGCGUGGUAAGGGUUACCUGGUGUCCUGCCUGGUGGAUCACCGUGGUAACAUCACAGAGUACCAGUGUCACCAGUACAUCACCAAGAUGACCUCUAUCGUCUUCUCAGACUACAGACUCAUCUGUGGCUUCAUGGACAAGUGUAGAGAGGACAUCAACACGCUACGCUGUGGAAGCAUCAACGUUGGAGAGAAGGACAUCCAUUCACAGGGUGAGGUCAUAGCGUGUCUGGAGAAAGCCUUAGUCCGAGAGGCGGAGCAACAGGACCAGGCUCAUCCAAUCAGAGAGGAGUGUAAGAAGAGCAUCAUGCGCGUAGCGGAGCUGUCGUCAGACGACUUCCACCUGGACAGAUUCCUGUACUUCUCCUGCCGAGAGGACCGAGAACGCUUCUGUGAAAACACCCAAGCAGGAGAGGGCAAGGUCUACAAGUGUCUCUUCAGCCACAAGUUUGAGGAGGCCAUGUCUGAGAAGUGUCGAGAGGCCCUGACCACGCGUCAGAAGCUGAUAACCCAGGACUACAAGGUUAGCUACUCUCUGACCAAGGCCUGCAGGGCUGACCUCAGGAAGCACCGCUGUAACCUGGACACCAACAUGCCCCGCGCUAGAGAGGCACGACUAUCAUAUCUGCUGCUAUGCCUGGAGUCUGCUGUACACAGGGGUCGUACAGUGUCUGAGGACUGCCAGGGGGAGAUGUUGGAGUACCGUAGGAUGCUGAUAGAGGAUUUCUCUCUGAGUCCAGAAAUAGUGCUCCACUGUAGAGGGGAGAUCGAGACCCACUGCUCCGGACUCCACAGGAAAGGACGUACCCUCCACUGUCUGAUGAGGGUGGGCCGGGGGACAAGGAAGCACAGGGGACGGACUCUGUCAGGCGCGGUGAGACGAUGCACGCUGGCGACACAGCGCACACUGGCGACACAGCGCACACUGGCGACACAGCGCACGCUGGCGACACAGCGCACGCUGGCGACACAGCGCACGCUGGCGACACAGCGCACGCUGGCGACACAGCUGCACGCUGGCGACACAGAGCACGCUGGCGACACAGAGCACGCUGGCGACACAGAGCACGCUGGCGACACAGAGCACGCUGGCGACACAGAGCACGCUGGCGACACAGAGCACGCUGGCGACACAGAGACGACACAGAGCACGCUGACGACACAGAGACGACACAGAGCACGCUGA